AUGGAGUCCUAUUCGAAGCACCCAACCAUGAAGAAGCUAGCGCGCCGGUUUUCGAAGAGGGCAUGGAUCAUUCGAGUUGAAAAUGGGGUUGGGCACACAGUGGCGGGAAGGAAAUGUGUGCAAUUGUGCGACCAGCGCCCGAACAGAUUCUAUCAACUCGAUCCCACCUACAUGCCAUGUUUUGAAGCUUUCCCAAGGAUCAAACGCUGUUUUCAUGAGGAAAUCAAGAUGAAAGCCAUCAAGAAAUACGUAGUUGGGGCGCUGCACAACCAACUGAAAAGCGGAAUGGAUGACGGCGAGACCAAGAAAGGACGCGGCUUCUUGAACUCUGGCGACAACCAGUCCGAAAAGCCCAGAAACUUCUUC